CUCGAGGAAGUAGCUAGCAGCCGAAUAGCUUGCUAAUACGAGCGGGCUGUCAACACAAAAAAGUUGGAUGAAACAUUUAACCGAUCCCAACUGGUAGGCGGCAAGAACUACAAAAUAAUACGGAAUACAAGGAUUCUGACACGCAGCGGUCCCGGCAGCGGCGGUAGAAUGAGCGGGCUGACCCUUCGGAACCGUCGGACGGAGGCGGUGAUCGUGCGGCGGGAGGAGGACGACGACGACGACGCGGGCCGCGGGGACCACCCGGAGGAGGACCAGGACGACUCCAAGGACAUCCGCCUGACGCUGAUGGAGGAGAUCCUGCUCCUGGGCCUAAAAGAUAAGGAGGGCUACACGUCCUUCUGGAACGACUGCAUCUCCUCGGGACUGCGCGGCUGCAUUCUGAUCGAGCUGGCGCUCCGGGGACGAGUCCAGCUGGAGCCGGUCACCCUGAGGAAGAAGAGUCUCCUGGACCGCAAGGUGCUGGUAAAGUCAGCCGCCCCCACCGGAGACGUGCUCCUGGACGAGACCCUGAAACACAUGAAGGCCACUGAGCCCCCGGAGACCGUGCAGAGCUGGAUCGACCUCCUCACAGGCGAGACGUGGAACCCCAUGAAGCUGCACUUCCAGCUGCGGAACGUGCGGGAGCGGCUGGCGAAGAACCUGGUGGAGAAGGGCAUCCUGACCACGGAGAAGCAGAACUUCCUGCUGUUCGACAUGACCACGCACCCGGUGACCAACGGCACGGAGAAGCAGCGGCUGGUGCGCCGGGUGCAGGAGAGCCUGCUGGAGCGCUGGGUGAACGACACGCAGCGCAUGGACCGCCGCGCGCUGGCGCUGCUGGUGCUGGCGCACGCCAGCGACGUCCUGGAGGGGGCGCUCACGCCGCUGCCCGACGAGCGCUACGAGGUGGCCUCCUCCCGCUCGCGCGCCCUGCUGGACGGGGACCCCGACACCGAGGGCCGCAAGCCCCAGGCCUGCCAGAUGAUCUGGGCCGUGCUGGCCGCCUUCAACAAGGCCUGAGAGCGUGCCCAACGCGCCUCCACCCAGCCAGCCCCUAACACGCCCCCGCCCAGCCCCCAACACCACCCAGCCCCCAACACCGCCCAGCCCCCAACACGCCUCCACCCAGCCCCCAACACCGCCCAGCCAGCCCCCAACACACCUCCACCCAGCCCUUAACACACCUCCACCC